AUGACAGAGUUUAAGAGCAACAAUGAGAUGAUGGGCGACGACCAGGUGUAUGAUUCUCUUAGGAAUACGCGAGUUCACCACGCCGACAAAAAUGAAGACCAAAUUCCCCCAGAAGUUCCCGCACAGGAAUCAAAGGCAAAGAGACGACGUAUCACACAGGACCAGUUGUAUUCUGGCAAAUUGGAAAGCUUGUUGCAAUGGGCUACGCUGCAAACCCAUGAAAUUCGACAUCCAUCUUAUUAA